CCAGUCACCAUAUCUGGAUUUUAUUUUCCGUGCUCGGCUGGUAACGAGAUCCAGAUGACGCGGGAGGGACUCCUUCGGACUCUACUACCGCAAGCCUUGCGGACCUUCCCCAAUAUAGCUCCCUUGAUAUUCCCAAAGCGAUUGGAAACGUUCGUGGCUUUCAGGGACUAAGUUGUUUGGUACGCACCCUUGACAUUGACGGUGAGGGAACUGCUCUCUGCUCUCAAAUUAUUUGUCCAUGAAGCGACAAAGUCGUACAAAAUAUGCCUUCUUAUCGAUGGACUAGAUGAAUUCGAGUGUUCUUAUUCCCAGCAGAUCAAUCUCAUCGAGUUUAUCCAAUCAAUUUUUGACCGCGGAGGUCAAGCUCUGCGUGUCCAGACGGCCUUGGAACGUCUUUGAGGAUACCUUUAAUACUCGUCCAUGUCUAAGACUCGAGAAGCUCACAUAUGGAGACAUUCGAUACUAUUAUUCCUCAAGCUUAUCGGAUAAUCUAGGCUUCGCGACACUACAACGUGGCGAUCCCAACGCUGCCUCUGACCUCGUCGAAAACGUCUCAACGAAGGCGUGUAGUGUCUUUCUCUAUGCCAUCCUUGUUAUCAAUACCUACUCGAAGGUUUGACCGAUGGGGAGCAACUUUCCUAUUUGAAAAAGCGGCUGGAUUCUGCCAUCGGAUCUGGUAAUCCUCUUCUAGUAAACCUUAAAUUCCGUCAAUUUAGAAAGGAUUUCAGAACUA